AUGCCACGAGGAUAUGCUAUAAUAACUGCACAAACCAUGAAUCGUUUCUUCAUGCUACGUAUCUCAUUGCAGAUUUAUUGGUGGGCUUGAUAUCCGUGUUAACGGAUAUAAUUUGGAGAACGACGGUGACCUGGCAUGCAGGCAAUGUUGGAUGCAAAUUGAUAAGAUUCAUGCAGGCCGUCGUUACAUACAGUUCCACGUACGUACUUGUCGCGUUGUCCAUCGACAGAUACGAUGCCAUCACCAGACCAAUGAAUUUCAGUGGCAGGUGGGAAGACACAAUGCUGGAUAGACCUGGGCUCUCCUGUGCAAUGGAGGAUCUACAUGAGCCUGGUCAGCUUUACCCUUUUUAUAGCCCCCACUCUGAUAAUAGGAGGCUGUUAUGCUGUGAUCGUAGCUACUAUAUGGUCGCAAGGAGGGGCAUUACGCCAGGGACCUACGAGGGACACUAGAAGAGCGUCGUCUCGAGGACUCAUUCCCAGAGCCAAAGUUAAGACGUAUUCAUUCUUUGUUGGAGCCCGUACAUAGUGUUCGAUCUGCUGCAAGUAUACGGAUACGUGCCAGAAACCCAGACAAACAUUGCCGUGGCCACUUUCAUUCAAAGCUUAACACCUUUGAAUUCAGCUGCGAAUCCAAUUAUAUACUGUCUCUUCAGCACGUCAUUUUGUAAAACUGUACGGAACAUGCAGGCGAUAUCAUGGGUUUCUGGAUGGUGUGCAACAAAUCCCCAUCAUUGUUUCGGUACCGGUGCUCCGAACAGCAGUACCAGGACAACAGUGACGACAUCGUUGACGGCACAGUCUUCGAGGAGAAGCGGUCACAUCGCGAUGCUGCACUCUACCACCAGGAAACGAGUUAUGGUGUCACUGGUGUAAGAAAUGAACGAUAGAAACCACAUCUAUUAGACGUUCAUAGAGAACUCUGUCUAAUGGUUCCUUUUGAGCUUCGGCAAAGAGGCCGCAACUAUUACGAGUCUCCGGAACUUAAGUUCAACGUUUCAUCUACGUUUCUUCUAGAAUCUCUAAAAGUACUUACAGCGCUUUGAAAUCUCUGAAAGUACUUACAGCGCUUUCUUAUUCUUCUCUUCGAGCCUUUGCAUCUUCCGGAGGAUUCGAGGAAACGUGAAAAGGAACUGAGACUCGUUUUCGUAAUACAAAAGUACAAGCUACGCGUUAAUGAAUAUUAGAAGUAUAGUUUAAGAGACCGGGAGCGGAGAGAUGCGAAUAAAAUAAGUUUUACAUGAUCAGUAUUUUAGGUGAGAUCGCGCCCAUACGAUUUA